CGUCGUACCAGUACUCUUUCAGCCAGAAAAAUCUUGGUGGAUAAUUAAUCAAACUGAAAUGGUGCCCCAUGUUCUAGUUCUACGAUCACCGCCGAUAAUCAUUCAUCCGCAUUCUGUAUCUAUACCUAAAUCCAGGAGAACACCUGAAAAGGCAGUGGUAAACUGUGCAUUUGGGAUGCAUUUACCAAGUAAGGAUAAUAUUACUAGACAAUUGGUAACCGGAGUAGCUGCAUCUAUUCUAUUUCUCUCCCAAACAAGUCCGGCAGUUGGUGUAGAUCUUUCGCAGCAUAGCAACUUAUGGCAGCUAGCAAAUGCAACCGACAAUGCUGUGGUUCCUUUUCCACUUGACCCGGGGUCUGACAAAGGAAAUGGAAUGAUGAUGAUGAUGAUGAGGGGUAUGACAGCGAAAAAUUUCGAUCCUAUCAGAUAUUCGGGAAGGUGGUUUGAAGUUGCCUCACUUAAACGCGGUUUUGCUGGACAAGGUCAAGAAGAUUGCCAUUGCACCCAGGGAUUAUAUACAGUUGAUGUAAAUGCAGCUGCUAUUCAAGUAGACACCUUUUGUGUUCAUGGAGGACCUGAUGGAUAUAUCACAGGGAUAAGAGGAAAGGUCCAAUGCUUAUCAGAAGAAGAAAAGGAAAAGAAUGAAUCUGAUCUCGAAAAAACAGAAGCCAUCAGUGAAAAGUGUUUUCUUCGUUUUCCUACCCUCCCCUUCAUUCCCAAAGAACCUUACGAUGUAAUCGCUACUGAUUACGACAACUAUGCUCUCGUAUCCGGGGCAAAAGACAAGAGUUUCAUUCAGAUAUACUCGAGACAACCUAAUCCGGGCACUGCGUUUAUAGAGAAGUACAAGAAUUAUCUGGCUGAUUUUGGAUACGAUCCAAACAUGAUUAAAGACACUCCACAGGACUGUGAAAUGAUGUCUGAUAGUAAACUAACUGCAAUGAUGUCUUUAAAUGGAAUGCAACAAGCUUUGACAAAUCAAUUUCCAGACCUUGAACUCAAAGCUGCAGUCGCGUUUAACCCCUUUACUAGCGUAUUCGACACUCUCAAGAAGCUUAUCGAGCUUUACUUCAAGCUAUAACUUAACUUGGUUUGUAAAACAAAUACAUUGAUCAAAUAAUAGUAUAUAAUUAUUCUUCUA